AUGCCGGCCAACGGCAAAGUGCGAAUCGACGGCAUCCUGCGGUCUCCCACCCGGACUCGACAGCGUCACACACACGGCUUCGUCUUGGCUGAUACGCACCUGCGAUCCUCCAGACGACCAGAUAUCAGCAUUCGUUUGCUGAACAAGGCACAACCUCCAAUCUCGAUUGCGACCCUGCAGCACAUCAGCAAAGCACUGUUUGGCGCCUAUCUGCAACGAUUCGGCGUUUCUGCACAGACCUACGGUAUCGGCGACCCCAACAAUGUGACGUCGUUGCAAGGCACGUGGACCACAGGUGCAGGUCACGUCCUCACCGGUCUCAACUUUUACGAUCCAGUCAACAACUCGUUCAUUUACCCUGCCACCGCAGGUCAGUCGUAUAGCUUUACCAAUGAUGGCUACUGGGAGCAGGCGCUCUACCUCUACAACACCAACCCUGCCAAGCCAAACUGCGUUUCGGCACAACUUAUCUGGCAGCACGGCACGUACACGCUUAACAACAACAACACGCUCACGCUCAACCCUUUCAAGGGAGACGGUCGUCAGCAGGUGUCGGACCGCUGCGCGGAAAAUUCCAACUACAUCCAGUCGUACAAUCAAAAGGAGAACAUGAUGGGAUUCGAGAUCCACCUCGAUACGCACUACAACACUCCGACGUACAUGCUCAAAAUGUAUCAGUUCGAUGGAUCUCCAAAGCCACUGUUCUACCAGGCUUUCAACCCUCCUCAGAUGCUGCCGACGCAACCGUUGCACGAGGAGGUCAUCGGAGAGCUCAACGGGUCAUAG